UCGGCUUCUAGAAAACGGGCCAGAUAUCCGGACCGAGCAUCCGGUUAUCCGCCCGGAAACCGGAUCAACGGAUUACCUGCACGCUUUUUUGAAGUCCAGACUCCAGAUCACUGGAUAACCGGUUCAGGCCCAGGUUGUAGUGCGGAUAACCGGAUCCCGCCAGGCUAUGACUCCGGAUAAAAUCCGGCCCGAGCUGGAAAUAUGUGACACGGCUAGUCCCGCUAGGGUGCACUUGAGACGGAAUAUAAUUGCGCGGGGAAAUUGGAAGAUCAUAAAGGGGGUUAGGGUUUGUUUUAUGGGGUCAAGUGGCAAGGUGUACUGAAGAGUAGAGGUGUGAGGUGAUAUCGAGAAAGGAAGCCUGAUGAUGUCCGAAGGGAGCACUAUAGUAAAUCUAACGCAAAGGGAAGGCGGAGACGACUCUGAGUUGGUGGAUUUGAGCGGUAAGGUCCACCAGCUUCCUUGUGCCAUCAAGUACAACGGACCUUGCUCUGUUUCCAACUUUUUCAAGCCCAGAUCCACCGGGAUUGAGGUUGAAGGCUUGAAGGUGGAGGAAGCUUAUUUCAGAGGAAGGAAGUUGCAGGGAACAACGAUUCCGCUUUCAACAGGGUAUUGCGGCUUUGUCCUAGGAAAGAAGAAUCUUGUUGAGAAAAAAGCUUCUGACAUGUCUGAUGGAAACUCAAACCGUUGGGAGGUGAAUGCAAAAUUUGAAAAUGUAACAUAUUGGAAUCAUGACAGCCUCCCUUCAAGUGACGAUGCUUUAUUGCGUUCUUUUCACUGGCUCACUGUUGCAAAAGCAAUUCCAGAGGCUCUUCCAGCCACCUUACAUGUGGCGUUUGUGCAUGAUUGCAGCUACACAAGCCGGUGACAGCCGAAGAUUUAGUUUCUGCAUCCAUUGCUCUGCAGAAGAUGGACUGAUUAAUAAACUGCGGGGAGUGUGUUGUCAUCUUCAGCCACUGUUGUUUUGCUUGUUCUGAAAAAUAGUUCUUUCUACUGAAAAUAAAGUAGUUAAGUCCCCUCUCUUUGUUUCUAUUUGACUUUUUGUAUAUCCAUUUCUGAGAUCGGAAUCCUCUAGAUUUCUUAAGGUUAAUAUAUUGUAUGGAUUUCUAUCAAUUUCAGCAAUUUCUUUCAAAUUCAAAUUCAAUGAUAGAAAUUUUACCACAUUUAUUUCUUA